AGGGCCAUGCGACUCACGCUCUUGUAAAUGAUCAAUCCAGAAUUAUGUGUCGCCACUCUGGCCCAAUUUGUGUUAUCUGUAAAGCCCAGAGGGCAGUGAGACGACAAAGAUAUAUAGAGCUGGAAGUUCAUGUGGAUUAAUCAGGAUUACGACCGCAUUUACUAUGGGCGAAACGCUGCAACAAGGUGAGGUUACCGGAACGAGACCAGUUGUAGCGCUUUCGAAAGCAGCAACAAACCGGGGAAUCUACCUCGACAUUUAUGUUGUAAGAAUUUGGAGGUUAGCACGCGCCCCGCGAGGACGUUGACACGAGGCUAGCCAAUGGGUGUGGUCGAGAGGGCUGCGGAGAACUUUGGAAGGCUUGUCUGUGAACUUUGGACUCGAGGCUACUCAUGGGGAAUCAAGGAGGCUUCAGAAGGUCAUGUCGACUCACCAGUAUCGACGGGGGUCUGGUAGGCCUGUGGGGUGCAUUGGACCGUGACUCAUGUCUUCUCAGAAACUACAUUUUCAGACGUGAGCAUGGCUGCUAAGAGGAAGAAACCGACCGCAUAGGUUGUGGUGCAAAGCCCUCCUUGGUAAAAUUACCAAAUCAAAGUGGAACCUCAUCUGGACAGCGGUAUUCCAGAAUUAUCUGUUGAGUAUGUCGUUACCGAAGAGGAUGGGAAAGAGGAAACAGGUAAGGGGCUCUAGCGAGCAUGGUUGGAGGCUACUCCAUAUAUGCGUCAUUGUGCUCGUAAUCUUGGGUCCCUUCAUUGGCGCGCAUGGACAAGCGCAACCAAGCCUUGAAACGGAUAGAGCAGCGCUAGAGCGAUUCAAGGCUGCGGUAGAUCCGGCGGGGGACCUCUUGCCUUGGGUCUCUGGCACCAAUCCCUGCACCUGGGUUGGCGUGCAAUGCUUCGGCAAUCGCGUGGCAACGCUACGCCUCCCCGGAAAUAAGCUCACAGGGUUCAUCCCUGCAAGCACUAUCGGAGACCUCGACCAGCUCCGCGUUCUAAGCCUACACCACAAUGGCCUCACGGGCCCGUUUCCAGUUGACCUCUCAAGAUGCACCAUCCUGCAGGGGAUCUUCCUGGGUUACAACUCCUUUUCGGGUUCUUUACCGGAUUUCAUUGGUGUCUGGCCGCGCUUGACCCAUUUCAACGUAGCAUUCAACAAUUUCUCGGGUGAAAUCCCUGCUUCCAUCUCUGAGCUCAGAAUGUUAAUCGAGUUGGACUUGCAGGGUAAUGCCCUCUCGGGUAAGUUACCAGCCGUGUCGGCUGCGAAUUUGGUGAGGUUCUCGGUUGCCAACAACAAGCUCGAAGGUUCUGUGCCACCUGCGCUGCAGAAUUUCACGUCUGAUAGUUUUUCUGGCAACGAUGGGCUCUGUGGCCCGCCGACGGCGACCCCUUGUCCCCUCACUGCACCUGUUCCCUCACCCGACGCGGGGGCUCCUACACCAGCUGACGAACCUUGGUCGGGUGAUGGGCCUCAAGGAAUUGCAGAAGCAUCGUCUAAGAAAAAAAAUCGUCUCAAACUCAGCGUUGCAUCUAUUGCUAGCAUUACAGCGGGCAGCUUCGUUGCGCUCGUAUUUAUUGUGUUCGUUGUGUGUCGUUCGCGACGUGACGAUGGUGACUUUGACAAGUCUCACGCAGGGAAAGAUGCGACACAUUUCAACGGCGAGGGUGCAUCACCAGAGCAGGGCCCAACUGAAUUCAAUGAAAGCUAUGCGAUCACGAUUUCCAGCGAACCCGCUAGCCGCGGCAAGCUUGUGUUCAUAGACCAAGGGAAGCGUGAGGAAUUUGGGUUGGACGAGUUGCUUCAAGCGUCGGCUGAGGUGCUUGGUAAAGGGAGCAUAGGUACUUCGUACAAAGCCGAUCUCCAUGGAGAUAGUGUUGUGAUCGUGAAGAGGCUCAAGGACGUCGCAGCGGAUCAGAAGGAGUUUGAAACUCGUGUGGAGAAGCUCGGGAGGUUGCGGCACAGACAUUUGAUGCCGCUGCGAGCUUACUACUUCUCCCGGGACGAGAAAUUGCUUGUCACGGACUUCAUGCCCGCAGGAAGCUUACACUCUCUUAUGCAUGAUACGAAACUCAGCGGCCGCUAUCCUUUGGACUGGGUGAGUCGAGAGAAGAUCGCCCUAGGCACAGCAAGGGCGUUGGCUUACUUAGACAAGCCAUGUGUGAAGAUGCCGCACGGGGACAUCAAGUCAUCCAACAUCUUACUAAAUAGAGACUAUGAGCCUUUCGUCGCCGACCAUGGCCUCGUGCAUCUUCUGAACCCCGGCAGCGUCGGCCCUUCGCGGUUUGUCGGAUACCGAGCUCCGGAGGUCACUGACAUUCGCAAAAUCACGAUGCAGUCGGACGUGUACAGCUUCGGCGUAAUGAUGCUGGAGCUUGUGACCGGACGGGCACCGGAGCGAGCGAUCUGUAAGAAUGACGCCGGACUUGAUCUUCCAAAGUGGGUCAGGUCCUUCGGAAGAGAUCGCUGGGCUUCCGACGUGAUCGACCCUGAGCUGAAGAGGGCGGAAAAUUUCGUUGAAGAGGAGGCUUUGCAGGUGUUGCAGCUGGCGUUGGCAUGUGCCGAUGCAAUUCCCGAAAGUCGCCCUAAGAUGGAAGAAGUGGUGCUUCUGUUGGAAGACAUCACUCAGUUAGGCCACGUGAACGAAUCUUCCGUGUGCCCCCUCGCGGCCGCCGCCGCGGCUGCAACAUCCAGCGGCAGUCCCAAGGGCACCGGCAGCAGAUCCGCAACGCCCACGCACACUCACCCUUCAUCCGGAGUCUUCGUGGUUGAGAACUGAUCAAUCUGAAGAAAAUCGGCGCGAUUAAUUCUUUCCGUAGCACGUUUUUGUAUCGAGAUUUGACAAUGUAGACGAGCAAAUUAUUGAAUGCGUCAAUCGUCACUAGAACAAUAGGAUCCUGUUGCCGACAUUCGAUCGUCAAAUUGAUGUAUCUGGCGCGUCCAUCCUUCACAUGAACACAUACCAUUGCACAAUGUCCACAAAUAAAGAAGCACAUGUGUUUUGCAGACAGUAACGGCGGAACAUCAUUUAAUCUUGGGAGAUGUGGAGGUUCGGCUUAUCUGUAGAGGUGAUACUGCAUUACUUUUGCUUCGUGAUCGCUUCUGCAAGCUGCAAACGCUUCACUCGAGGGUAUGAGUGCCAAUGAUGUCACCACCGCAUACCACAUGUGACCGGGUUUUCUACUUCUUUCGAUUGGAGGUAGCAAUUAAACAGUGAAAUUCUCAAUCCGAAUUGUGUUCGUUUCGUCACAACUCUCAGUUGCCUGAAUGUCCUUCCACUCGGUGACUGACGACUGUGUUGAACUGUGUACAUAUUUUAAGAAAUACUUGUGUUUUGUA